UCAGCCAUCAUGAAUCUUUUACCACUCCCCUAACCAGCAUGCUGGUGGACAUCCAAUCAGAAAGGUCUUGCAAGACCAUGUGGGCAUAGAACUCACGUUGAUAAAACUAGUUUGAAGCAGGAAGUCUUUCUCUUUCACCCAGAAGCACUCCCCAGAAGCAGGACCCUGCAGAGAAAGAAGUCUGAGGUAUGGCUACCCACCAUUUUAUAACUUGCUUUUUCUAAAAUAUGCUGCUGGGCCUGGUUUUGAAUCUGUUUGAUAUCUUUGGAAUCUUUUGAUAUUUUAGUAUGCUAUUAUUUUAUAUAUGGAGAGCCUGUUUUCAGGGCCUUGUAUGGUUUAAAAGUGCAUGUAACUUUAGUAAUUUACCCCCCUUUUCUCUCAUUUUUUCCUCUCUAUGCCAUGCGGCCUGAUUUUGAAUCUGCCUGAAUCCUUAGUAAAUGCUUAUUUUAUAUAUGGAGAGCCUGUUUUCAGGGCCUUGUAUGGUUUAAAAGUGCAUGUAACUUUAGUAAUUUACCCCCUUUUCUCUCAUUUUUUCUCUAAGCCAUGCGGCCUGAUUUUGAAUCUGCCUGAAUCCUUAGUAAAUGCUUAUUAUAUAUAUGGAGAGCCUGUUUUAGGGGCCAGGAUUGGUUUAAAAUGCAUGAUUCUUUAGCAGUUUACCCCUUUUUCUCUCAUUUUUUCCUCUCUACGCCAUGUGGCCUGUUUUUGAAUCUGCAUGCUUCCUUAGUAAAUGUCUAUUUUUAUAUCUGGAGAGCAUGUUUUAGGGUCAGGAAUGAUUUGAAUCUUACCCACAGGGCCUUUUUUUUUUUUUUUUAAAUGAGAACCCUGACCCUUGUUGUUUUUAAAAUUUUAUUCUUAAAACCUAUAUUUACACAGGCAGUAUUAUAUACAGCAUUUUUGAUGUACGCCUCAACAUCUGUAGAAAUCUAGUAUUCCAAGGGCAGUUUCUGUUCUCUGCAAAACAGCUCUCCUGCAACAAAUAAAUAAAACAGGGUUAUGCAUGCACAACUCACAAUCCUGUAAAUGGUUUAAAUUAAAUAAACUCACCCAGCACACGUGUUCAUGGCAGCCACUCCUCACAAUGUAAUCUGUAAGAAAAAGGGCCAUCUUGUCCAUGAUUUGCUGGCUCACCGCAGGACAUAGACGCUUUGUAAGACUUUUUGUAAGCAAACCACCGAACAGAAAAAUAGUUAAAAAUCUGCCCUUAUUGAUUUUCCCAUCUGCAAAUUCUGCAGCCAUCAAGGAUGUGAAAUAGUUCUCAAUAUCUAGCAAGCUGUUAGGGUGAAGAGAGUCCAUGUGGGGUCUUAGUUCGGCCUCCAUUUUAAGCAGCAAGGGGCCUAUCCCCACCGCUUCUGGUUUUCCACAGGCCUGCCGGAUACAGCCCACAGCAAGAGAGUAAACAUGCCGAUAUUCCAUCUUGGUGCCCGUUUAGGUUCUGUUUGGGGAGGAUAUGUCUGAGCAUGUCCCUGGUUGGGUAUUUUUGUAUAUAUUCAACAGCACUCACCAAAACAAAGAAAGAAAAACACCACCAAAGAAGAUGAGCAUAAGGGAUGAUGAAAUGAGCAAUCUUCCCAAUAUCCCUCAAGAUAUGGGUAUGGCUAUAUUCUACUCUCCCCAACCCCCCCCCCCUUUUUAGAUUGUUUUAAAAUGUUAUGAAGAUAUAUACAUGACUGAUUUAUAUUUGAUGUUCUACAGAAAAUGUUGUUCAAGCCCCUCGGUCUGGGAGAGCCACUUUUUCUCUCUCAAAGGGUUCGGACCCAUAUCUCAUCCCAAAGGAUGAGGUUCUCACAUCACAGGCUGUUAGAAACACAGUAUCUGAUGGCAUAGGGCAGAGAAGUGAUGAUAACAUAGUGGACCUGACAAAUACCCAGGACGGGUUGCGGAAUCUGACUGAGAGUGCUCUAGAGGAAGAACCUGAACCAGCCCCCACACGUCUAAGCAGAUUGAAGAGAAAAGCAAAGAGUAAGGAUGUAGUAUCCCAUGAACAGCAUCAACCCGGACACAUGGCGCCCAGGGACUCUGACGUGGAGGUGCAGCCAGCCUACAAAAAACCCAGAAAGGCUAUCCUGGAACCUGAACAUGAACCGGGGGUCCGUGAUGUCCAAGAGUUGAACGCCCAAGAUAACGAAUUCUUGGCCAGCAUGGCACGUGUCACAGAACACAUAGAGACAUUGAUAAGGACUAGGGCUGUGGCUUUUGAACGCAAGGCCGAAGCUGAGCAACACCUUGAACAAGCAAAACGCAUCAUAGUAAACAAAUGGCCGUGAUUAGUGAUACUUCACAACAGCUAGAAUGUCUAAAGACACGUGCAAACCCUGUGUGUGAUUUCGUAGACAGAAAUAAAAAAGAUCAACCAUACCCUGUCUGCAUACAGGUGGGGGGAGGGUCCACAUCUAGCCACCAGCCAGGAGGGUAUAGGAAUGCUUCUGAUUCUUCAGACGAAUUUGAACCAUCCGAGGAGUCACCUAGUGGCCCCAGUCCUCAGAAUGCUUUUACUGAACAGUGUGAAACCCAGAAUGGGUCCUCUCUAGGUGAGGCUUCUGAUGUUGGCCCGAAUACCACCCCCAAAGAGCGGGCUACCCACAGCGGAGCUUCUCGAGGAGGCUUGGCGUUCGAUGUUGGACCUGCAGCUGGUUCCCAACAGUUCUCUUCUGAAGAAGCAGCAGGCAUUUCUGAAGAAACCCCACCUGUGGAUCUUCAGUUUAUACAGCGUUAUAAUAGGAGCUAUGCACGCUUUAAUGGAACUGAAAUGUAUUACGAAUUCAAGUUUGUGAAUUUGGACAGAGUACACUCCUUUUGUGAUGCGCUAUCUGGGAUGCAUUCUGCUAUUCAAAGGGUUUUGGAUAAUAUAAACAACCAUAUAGAACCAGGGGACUUUGUACAGCUCAGAUUGCGAGCGCCAGGGAUUUCAAACCCCCUUUACUCAGCAAGGAGACAGGCAGGCCAUCUGAACGCUGAGGCAUUCCUAAGCGCUAUAUCUAACCUGCUUCAAAGUUAUGCACAAAUUUUAGCUGAUGGUGUAUUAACACUGGCUGUGAUUGUCAUCACACACCCCCGAGGAGCCGGUCGCAGGCAUAUAAAAUCAAUACCCUAUAGCAGCAUUAUACAGAAAAAGAGGCUGCAUCUGAUAGAUGUCCCCAUGCCUAACACAGCCCUCUGUUUUGCAGCGAGUCUCAUGGCUGUUCUAGAUUUGAGAGCCACCGCUACACAGAUAAAAAAGGGAGCAAAAAAGUUGUACCAGGAUCUUGGGUGGAGUGAGCAAAAACAAGUGUCUUAUGCAGACGUGGAAACCGUAGAGACACACAUGAAGGUCAAUAUUGUUGUUGUGCAAUGGGGAACUUCUGGAUGGAGUAUUUUAAAAACUCCUGAACAGAAGUACCUCAAAACCUGUUUUCUGUCACUUCAUAAGGAUCAUUAUUAUGGGGUUAAGAACAUCAAGGGGUUUUUUGGGACCAGAAAUUUUUGUUAUGUCUGCUACACACCCUACAGACACACACACGACUGUUUGAUGAGGUGCCACUGCUGUUUAGAGGCUGGAUGUGUAAAACACGUGGGGCGUGUAAUCAGAUGCCCCAAAUGCAAGAUGCAGUGUAGAUCACAUGAGUGUCUAGGAAAGCAUAUGAAGCUCGCCGCCGUGGGGCGGGUAGAAUGCAUCCCGCGUGAUCUAUGUGAAAAGUGCUUCCGCUAUGUGGAGCUGGGUCAUGAAACUGAACGCAUCUGUAGGGGAAAGCAGUGCCGUGUCUGUUAUGAGUACCUUUCCCCCGGGGUAGAACACGCGUGUUACAUUCCACAUCUACAGUACCCCGAGAUAUCAGUAAAAUAUGUGUUUUAUGACUGCGAAUGCAGGCAGGAGGAUGGGAUCCACGUCCCAAACUAUAUUUAUGCCAAGGCCUUUGAAGGGGAGACUGUGGAGCCUGUUAAAGCAUAUCAAGAGAAACAGAAAGAUUGGGAGAAGUGGGGGCCCCAAGGGGAUUAUUGGGAAUUUAAGGGAGAUAAAUGUCUGAAUGAGUUUGUAUUACGUUUUACAUCAGAUAAUAAGUUUAUGGGGUGCACUUUUCUGGUGGCUCACAACUCGCGGAGCUACGAUGGCAUUUUGAUACUGAGAGAGCUAAUCAAUGAAGGCCUCGAUGUAGAGCUGCUCACACAGGGGGGAAAACUGCUGUGUAUAACAGUUACAAAAAAUGACAUAAAAUUUAUAGAUUCCCUAUGCCACCUACCCAUGGCUCUAGCAAAACUCCCCAAAGCUAUGGGUUUUCAGGGCUGCAAGGGCUAUUUCCCACAUUUCUUUAAUAAAAAAGAAAAUGAGAGUUAUGUUGGGAAUAUGCCAGACCCCCAGGACUACGCUGUGGAUGCUAUGAAGCCUGCAAAUAGGGAAGAAUUCAUGAAGUGGUAUGAGGAAAACAAAUCAAAAACGUUUGAUAUGCAGAAGGAAUUGGCCUAUUACUGUCAGAAAGAUGUAGACAUCCUGAUGCAGGCCUGUACAAAAUAUAGACAUGAAUUGGUUGAGAUGACAUGGGAUGUCGUUGAUAAACCUAUGGGGAGGAAAAAUGCCAGGGUGCUGGUGGGUAUCGACCCUUUCCAAUACCCUACGCUUGCUAGUGUGUGCUUAAGAAUGUACCGCUACAAGUAUCUGAAAGAUGAAGAGAUCGCCAUACCGGCCCCAGAUAACUACCAUCAUCAGUGCAAAAGAUUCUCAACUAUGUCCAUUCAAUGGUUGGAAUACAUAGCCCACAGGGAAAACAUACAUAUUCAACACACUUUGAAAGGGGGUGAGUUUAAGGUUGAUAUUCCUCAGGAGCUUCAGGAGGCGUCGGGGGGUGUUAAGGCAUAUUAUUUAGAUGGUUAUUCUGUGAAUGGGGGAAAGAAAUGUGCUUUUGAAUUUAAUGGCUGCUUUUAUCACGGGUGUGUAACCUGUUAUUCAGCACACAAACAGCACCCCAUGUUGUUGGAAACCUAUGGUUUCCUCUACAAUGCUAGUGAGAGGAAAGCAGAUGUCUUAAAACGCAUGGGGUUUGAAGUCCGUUGUAUAUGGGAGCAUGAGUGGCGUGACAUGGUCAAGGGGGAUCAGAAGGUGGUAGAUUUUCUGAAGCAGCAGGGAUUUCCAGAACCUCUGGAACCUAGAGAUGCGUUGUUUGGGGGCAGGACAGGCUGUGUGAGUCUGUAUUAUGAGGCGAAGGAGGGAGAACAGAUUCACUACUCAGAUUUUACCUCUCUCUAUCCUUUUAUCAUGCGAAAUCGCCAGUUUCCCAUAGGUCACCCUAAAGUAAUUUAUGACGAUUUUAGACCACUCUCUGAAUAUUUUGGAAUUGCCAAGGUGAAGGUAUACCCACCACACCGUCUCUUUUUCCCUGUCCUCCCUGUCAAAGUGAACGGGAAGCUCAUGUUUCCGCUGUGCAGUCUCUGUGCAGACUCACAGCAGCUGGAGCAAUGCAGGCACAAUGAUGAGGAAAGGGCUUUAGUGGGUACAUGGUGCACUGUAGAAUUGAAUGUUGCUGUGGCUAAAGGUUACAGGGUGGCACAGAUCUAUGAGGUUUGGCAUUUUGAAAGGAGUUCUGGCAGCCUCUUUUCAGAGUACGUCAAAACAUUUCUCAGGCAGAAGCAAGAGGCUUCGGGCUACCCAGCAGAGUAUGUCAGCAGGGAGGAUAGGGAGAAAUACAUUGCUGAGUAUUAUAAGAAAGAAGGUGUGUGUUUACGCCCCGAGAUGAUUGAAUCAAAUCCUGCUAAACGCCAGAUAGCCAAGCUUUUCUUACAUUCCUUGUGGGGGAAAUUUGCUCAGAGAUCAAACCUUCCUAGGACAUCCAUAGUAAAAAGCCCUAACGAGCUUUUCCAAUACCUCUUUUCAGAUAGCUAUGAGGUCUCUAUGUGUGAAUUCCUUGAUGAUGAUACAUGUUGUGUGUCUUGGAAAGAUGCAAAAGAACGUAUAGUUCCACCAGGUCACACAAAUGUUUUUCUGGCGUGCUUUACAACCGCCUAUGCACGCCUGCAUUUGUACUCUAUCAUGGAGAAGCUGGGGGAACAGUGCCUGUACCAUGACACAGAUUCUGUGAUCUAUGUGUCUCGUGAGGGGGAGUACAACCCACCCCUUGGAAACUUUUUAGGGGAGCUGACAAACGAACUACCGGCAGACCAGUACAUAACAGAGUUUGUGAGCACAGGUCCUAAAUCUUACGGCUACAAGCUGUCAGGGGGGGAAUCGUGUAUUAAGGUCAAGGGAAUUACUCUGAACUUUUCUAAUUGUCAAAAAAUUAAUUUUGACAGUCUGAAAAAUCUGGUUUUUGCCUACGUUUCGGACCAGAAGCCGCCACGUGAGAUUGUGGUAGAGCAGAAUGGCAUCGUUAGAAAUAAGAGGAGAUGGGAGAUAGAAACACGUCUUUUGAGGAAGACGCAGAGAGUGGUGUUUGAUAAGCGCGUCAUCGUUGAGGGUUUUAAGACUAUCCCCUACGGGUAUUAAAAUGGAUGUUCGAUGGCAACACCCCUUCUCCGCUAUCCUUGCGGGACCAAGCAAUAGCGGAAAGACGUUUUUCCUUAAAAAAAUGCUGGACAAUGCACACAGUGUGCUAUCUGUGAUGCCUGAAAAAAUCGUAUGGUGUUACUCUUGUUGGCAACCUUUGUACAAACAAAUGCUCUGUAAAUACCCUAUGAUAAAAUUUGUAGAAGGUAUGCCUGAGAAAAUUGAUGAUGAUGGCUUGUUACCCCCAAAUAAAAUCUGUUUUCUUGUUCUGGA